AUGAAUCCUCAUCAACAAAACAAGGUCGAUAUCAGCUCCUUGAGUCCUGACGAGCAGCGCCUCCUUCGCCUCUAUGGCAAGAUGCCAACCAAGAAAGACCUGCUGCAGAACAAGCUCAAGGAACGCAAAUAUUUUGAUUCGGGAGAUUACGCAUUGAGCAAAGCUGGUAAAGCUUCAGAUGUCGGUGUCACCAACAUUGGAUCCCAACACCCUGUUCCUGAGAACAUUCCUCACCUGACAGCCACUUCUCCUGGCGCCCACAAUCCCUCGGUUACCAGCAGUGGUAGCAGCAUCAGCUCCCAAGGUCAACAGGUCCCGGGCAGCAUCAGCGGUCAUCCCGGUUCCAUCGGCUUUCAAAGUCGAAGCCCCGCCAAGGAAGGAAGCUAUCUCCAACGUGAAGCCAGUGCGGAUGAUUCAGAGAACACCACCACUGCAACCCAGGAUCGGAAUGAACCCAGCGUGAGCCCUCCUCCUGCCCGGGACGGUGUGCCUAUCCGGCGAUAG